AUGAAGCUCGAUGCCGAGUCCAGCAAGGAGGGCGACAACGCCACAGGAACACAACCUGUGCAAUCCACAACGGUGCACACGCUCCUCGGGCGCAUAAAGGCAUGCCAGAUGGCGGCGAGAGUGGAGGCGACGAUAUACCGGGAGACGGAGCUGAGCAUCAUGCGUGAGAUAUCGGUGGUCAGGUCGGAGGUGCGGUUCAUGAUCCGCACCAAGAACGAGCGGGACCUCAAGAACUGCACCGAUCGGCGUUGCGGAACCAUUGGCGAUACCUACACCGCAGAACAGUUCCGCCAGAUCAUGUUCAGGGUGCUGCCGACGUGGGCGGCUAAGGCUUGGAACCCGCGGGGUACGGGCCCGUCGCAGACGCUGUGGCGGUUUCUGCUGUUGAAGGUGCUCACGCUACUCUCCCACCAUUCUCUCCUGCGCGGGGCAAGCAUCCGCGAGAUCACGCUCCCCGACAUAUUCUUGUACCGACUGGCGAGCACCUCGUCGGUGAACCCGGAGAACCAGCCGGUCGUCAUGUUUCACGGCGUCCGCCUCAUUCCGCCGGUGGACACCAGCACACGCGCGAGCUGGUACAAGAAGCACCUCUUCUUUACCAAAAACGACACCGACCAAGGGGAGCUCUCCGCGGCAAGCCACCAACGCUGGACGCGGCAGUUGUGGGACAAGAACGGGGUGUUCUGCAAGAGGAACAUGCACGCCGCUCGAGCGGGAGGGGCCCAGGAGCUGGCCAUCGACGGCACGCCGCGCGCCGAGAUCGCGGAGCUAGGUCACUGGGCGCUCGACAAGAUGACGAUCGCCGAGCCAGGGUUCAUCGACCGCCACACCCUCCUCGCCGGCGCGACGCAGGGUGCACUCAACAAGAGGGUGCGCCGCAUGCUGAAGGUCAUCGAUGCGGUGCGCCAGCUACGCGCGAGCGACGGCGAAGCCGACAGCGAGGCCGUGGUCGACACACUGCACAGGAUCGCGGCAUCGGGCAUCGGGACCUUCGCCGAUGCCCUCACGGUGCUCAAACCGGGAACGGCACCGAUGUUGUCCAAAGAGGCUGGCAUGGGAGUCAAGGGGCUGGGCCCCAAGGUGGUCUCGAAGCUACGCCUCGCCUGUGUGCUUGUGGCGCUCAACCUGAAGCAGAGUGAUUGGGUCGAAACCCUGUUUCCAAACACGUGGGAGGAGCAGAUGCCGAAGACCAAGGCCGACCUGGCGAAGCCGACGGCACCGGCCAAGUCGACAGCACCGGCCAAGCCGACCGCUCCGGUGCACCGUCCUCCGACCAAGCGGAAGAAGUCGGCAUGA